AUGCGACAUUCCUCAUACUCCCACGACCGACAAGUCAAUCGAAACCGUGGUAACCGCCGCAACGAAUACAAGAAUCAGGACAAAGAUAGAGGACAUCGGUCAGGGAGAAACGAUAACCGUCAAAACCGCCCUCCGAAAGAGAAUGGUUACGUCCGACGAGAGCAGCACGAGAAACGAGUUCCAUUCGAAAAGAAGUACCCAGCUAUUGAACAAUCAAACAUCCUGAUGAUGAAAGCGACGGAUACGAUUCUGAUGAUCAUUACUCUACAUACUCAGCAGAAUCCAAUGUGCAUCGCCAGGAUUCGAAGGCGGGAGUCAAUACCUGUCCCAACUCAAGUCUUGAGCGGCGAUGUCCCUCGAUCCCUAUUCUCGGCCAACUAUUCUUCUUUCGAGUUGGAAAGUUAA